AUGACUAAUAUCACGUCGGGGCUUGAAGAUUUCAAAUGCAAACUUCUCACUGGGCCCAGCUGCUCCGACGACUUAAUACCAGGUCUUGAAUGUUCGGAGAACGUAACUUUCCUCUACAACUGCGAGCUAAAUUUGGAUCUUCAGAAUGAAACUUCUUAUACCUGCGUCAAAUGUGCCAUGGGUAAUAAUAGCGACGCUACUUCAUGCGAUUUUAGGCUCAAUUUGAUGACUGUUGUCUAUGAAAAUGCCCUAAAGAACGUGUGGCUGAAACUACCCGAUUACCUGUGUGAUUGGAACGAUUUGGAAUGUUUCCAUGACUCGCUGCGGACGUACCGUGUUACAAAUGACAGUUUGAGUGUUUUAGAAAGUUUUCAGUGUAAGUGGAAUUAUGGUAAUGUCACGGAAGAUGUAGGUGUAGGGGCGCGAUAUGAAUGGACAUUUUUGUUCGUCAUUUUGUUUAUAGUGGCGGGUGGGCUGGGCAAUAUUCUAGUUUGUUUGGCUGUGUGCCUCGAUAAGAGAUUGCAAAAUGUUACGAACUACUUUCUAUUGUCUUUGGCAAUAGCGGACUUGUUGGUUAGUUUGUUUGUGAUGCCAAUGGGAGCGAUACCAGGGUUUUUAGGUUAUUGGCCGUUAGGUGUUGUCUGGUGCAACGUUUAUGUGACGUGUGACGUGCUCGCCUGUUCAGCUAGUAUUAUGCACAUGUGCUUCAUCAGUAUUGGCAGGUAUCUGGGCAUCAGAAAUCCGUUGAAGAGUCGCCAUCAUUCAACAAAACGAGUGGUUGUCAUUAAGAUAGCUCUCGUCUGGCUUCUAAGUAUGAUUGUUUCGAGCUCCAUUACUGUACUAGGACUGAUCAACAAGCAGAACAUAAUGCCAACUCCAGAGCUAUGCGUCAUCAAUAACCGAUUCUUCUGGGUUUUUGGGUCACUGGUGGCGUUUUAUAUACCAAUGCUGAUGAUGGUGGUGUCGUUUGCACUCACUGUACAACUACUAAAAAGGCAGGCAAUAUUGGCUGCAACUCCAGUGCCGGGUGGUACACAAAGAAGGCAAUGCGGAGCUUUUGACAAUGGACCAUCGCAGAAUGUACGGCGUAUAAACGCAAGAAGUUCUCCUGAUCUGUCACCGGCAGCUGUCUCCAGACAUAUGACCUGGCGGGUUACUACCGUAUCCAGUCGCUCCCAAAGGAACAAAAUAGGCAUGAGCGUUUCCCACCCUCAGUUGAGUUAUAUGAACGGGUGUAAUGGAAACGGGACCGGCUCUGGAUCAAGGAAAGGGAGAGAUGUAGCGACACAAACGCCGGCGAGCAUUUCAGCUGAGACUCGACGCGCUAAGUUGAAGCCUUUGAAGAUUUCAUUGGCUGCCCCCAACGCUUUGAGUUUAAGGUUUCUAACAAAUCGCAAGAAAGGCAGAUCGCUAUCAGCCAACGCUGUAGCUAACGAACAAAAAGCUACGAAGGUCCUUGGCUUAGUUUUCUUCACAUUCGUCUUAUGUUGGGCCCCUUUCUUCUUACUUAAUAUUCUGUUCGCGUCCUGCCCUGCCUGUAUCGUGCCAGAACACGUGGUAGAUAUUUGUCUAUGGCUUGGCUAUGUAUCGUCUACGAUCAAUCCUAUUAUCUAUACAAUCUUCAAUAGAACCUUUAGAGCGGCAUUUUUGAGGCUUCUACGCUGUCACUGUAGUAGACGGGGUCGUUGCACUCUCUACCGAGCGGUUGGAUCUACACGCGGUGCAUCGCAACUCUGUGCCAGGUCCGCCUUACCACUUGCUAUAUCAUUGCGACCAGCCGCCAUGCCCACUACCCAAUCACAGGAUACCACCGAAACAGUUCUUAUUGAACCACGGUUAGAUUUUAAUGUUAGAUAUUAA